UGCAGAUUUGCUAUGCGGGUUGCAGAAGUAGGUCACUAAUCAAACUGUCAAAUGAGUGGUAAGGGUCGGAAAAUCGGGGUAGAAUCGCAGGGAAAGCAGACAGGAUGGCGAGCAACAUCCCUGAUUUCUUCUAUUCCUGCGAGAUCUGCGGCUUGGAGGGGCUGAGCGAGGACGAAUUCAGGACCCACACACGCACAGCGCACGUGGACGGCAAUGCCGUGUGCCCCUUUUGCGAACUGUCGGCGGUUUCGCCCGCCGAGCUCAUCCUGCACGUCAACCAGGCCCACUUGGACUACCUGACCCCCGAGUCGGAGUCCAACAUGACCUUCAUCGACGACGUCAGUCCGAGCGAGUACAACGGCAUCAACGGGGAGAGCAGCCACAACUGGAACGUCCCGUCUCUACCCGGCCACUCCAACCACGUCAACAACAUCAAUAGCGGCAGUAAGAGUAACAUUAAUAACAUUAACUUGUCCCCGAAAGUGAACGGGGGCGGCGAAUUGAGUCCGAAGAAUUCCAGCCACGGUCAGGGCUCGCCCCUGCGGUCCAGUCUAGCCUUGAAGUUGAAGAGUUCCGCGCCGAAGCUGCAGUGUCCGAUGUGCAGCUACACGAGUACGAGUCCGAAUGAGUUGGAGGAGCACGUGAAUAGGAGACACUUCGAUCUGACGUCGCCGUCCGUCGGGGGGACGACCGGCGAGGUCUUCGCGUGUCCGCUGUGUGUGAAGUCGUUCAAUUCGGCUCCGGAUUUGGAGCUGCAUGUCAAUAUUGAGCACAGAGACGUGCUGUCUCCGGCGAGUCCCGCCACACACGCGUGUCCGGUGUGUGGGAUUAAUCUUGACAACGAAAGUAAUAGCGAGAGCGCCGCCCGCCACGUCGAGAGCCACUUCCCGGCCGGCUCUCCGCAGCCGGCGGAGCGAGCGGCGUUGCGCGAGCGCGAACAGCGCGAGUUCGAGAUGCUGAGGGCCCAGUACGGAAUGGACAAUCAGGGUAACUUCCGCGAGCAGUCGGUGACCAACAUGCAGCGGGCGGUCUACGCCGGCGAGAUGAGCGUCGCCGACUACUACGAGCGGACGCUGGAUUUGCGCGCCGCCGAGAGCUGCGGCAUCGACGACGGCAGCUCGGUCACGAGAAGCAUAGUGCCGAGGGUGCGCGCGAUGAGCAGCAACGCCCCCAACGUGGUCCGCACGCUGCUGUGCACGUGCGUCGACCACUACGCCUCCUCGUACGGCGACAGGGGAUGGGGGUGCGGCUACAGGAACACGCAGAUGCUGAUCUCGAGCCUGCUGACCCACACCGGGUAUAACGAGAGGUUGUACAAACUAUGGCAGGGCCAGAAGCCGCCGCGCAGUUCCGUUCCGAGCAUAUCCCGCCUCCAGAGCCUCAUAGAGCAGGCGUGGGCGCAAGGGUUCGAUAUCCAGGGUUCCGAGCAGCUGGGCUGCCGGCUGGUGAACACCAGGAAGUGGAUCGGGGCCACGGAAGUGGUGACGCUGUUGUCGUUCCUCAGAAUUAAAUGUCAACUGGUGGAUUUUCAUAGGCCGACGGGACCUGGAGGCAGCCACCCGGAGUUGUUUAAUUGGGUUUUGAAGUAUUUUGAGAACAGCGUGGGUGGGGAGUUCACGCCGCCGCUGUAUUUGCAGCAUCAAGGCCACAGCCGCACCAUCAUGGGCAUCGAGGUCCACCGCGACGGCGGGCUCAUCCUCCUCGUCCUCGACCCCAGCCACUCGCCCCAGCAGAUGGCGCAGUUCGGCGACACCAACAGCUCGGCGGUGGCGCUGCGCCUCCUCCGGAAGAGCGAAGCGGCGAUGAAAGCGCGCCAGUACCAGAUCGUGGCGGUCGUCGGAACCAUCGACUCAGAUCAACAGUAUCAGCAAAGUAAAAUUUUGAGGGGCACCCGAAUACCGCAGGACCGGUGAGGUUGAACGUCUCCGAAAGUAACCAAUAAAUAAAUAUAUCCACUUUUCACCACCUCUGCUGUUCAUAUUAAAAAAAAUUACAAUAUGGGGGAACUUGUGUGAUUCUUGCCACUGUUACAGCGUUUUAUUUUUUGAUCUCAUGGCCUCGAGAUGUCAAUAAGUAGGUAAGGGUGGGCAUAGAUUCUAUUUUUUUUUGUUUUGAGGUUGGUAGAGCUCACCUUGACGCAAAUCGAGUGAUUCUUGAACAAUAUUGAAACAAAAGUUGAUAUUACUGUUAACAGUUGAUGAAACUAUUUUGACUAAGAGCUUUAGGGAAUUGUUUUUUUCUUGGGUUUUUUUGACACUGUUGUAGUUUUGUCGAAGUGCUUGUUGCUCUUUUAUUUAUUACUUUUUUGUCAUACUAGUCGUAGGUUACGUUUUGUUGUUAUUUAAUAUUAUCACCUUUGAAUUUUACCUAUAUACACCUCAUUACAAAUGUACAAAGUAAGAGAAAGUCAUGGUUUAUUAAAGAUUCAUUGAA